CCUUCACCCUGUGAGCCCAACUGAGAGCGGCAUGCAGCAUCCCCUGGUCUACCCAGUGUUUUCUGGUUUGCUGCUUAGCACCCCCAAGAGGCCCUGAAGCCCUGGGGCACUUCUGUUCUGCACAGGACCACCUGGGGGUUUGCCAUGGUGACAUAAAGGGGUGCAGAGGAAGGAAGGAGCAAGACCAGCCUGCAGACUACACCCCUGGCUGGGAUAAAGGGCCAGGGGCCCAGAUCCUCUACCCCACUGCCCUUUGAGCGCCUCAUUUCUAAGUCUGUGAAUUUCUUCAGUUGGUGGACAAUUCUCAGGGCUCCUGUGUGGGGUCUUGGGGUGGCCGGGCCAAGCCAGGCAGGGCCAGCAAGGAAUCAGGAGGCCAGGAUGCCUGCCUUGGCGUGCCUCCGGAGGCUCUGUCGCCACAUGUCCCCACAGGCUGUCCUUUUCCUGCUGUUUGUCUUUUGCCUGUUCAGUGUCUUUGUCUCUGCCUACUACCUAUAUGGCUGGAAUCGGAACCUCGAGCCCUCAGCAGAUGCCCCUGAGUCUGACUGUGGGGACCCUCCACCUGUGGCCCCCAGCCGCCUGCUGCCACUCAAGCCUGUGCAGGCUGUCACCCCUUCCCGAACGGACCCACUGGUGCUGGUGUUUGUGGAGAGCCUCUACUCGCAACUGGGCCAGGAGGUAGUGGCCAUCCUGGAGUCUAGUCGCUUCAAGUACCGCACGGAGAUUGCACCAGGCAAGGGGGACAUGCCCACACUCACGGAUAAGGGCCGUGGCCGCUUUGCCCUCAUCAUCUAUGAGAACAUCCUCAAGUAUGUCAACCUGGAUGCCUGGAACCGGGAGCUGCUGGACAAGUACUGUGUGGCCUAUGGCGUGGGCAUCAUCGGCUUCUUCAAGGCCAAUGAGAACAGCCUGCUGAGUGCACAGCUCAAGGGCUUCCCCCUCUUCCUACACUCAAACCUGGGCCUGAAGGACUGCAGCAUUAACCCUAAGUCCCCACUGCUCUACGUGACAAGGCCUAGUGAGGUGGAGAAAGGUGUGCUGCCGGGCGAGGACUGGACCGUGUUCCAGUCCAACCACUCUACCUAUGAGCCUGUGCUGCUAGCCAAGACACGCUCAUCUGAGUCCAUCCCACACCUGGGUGCUGACCCCGGCUUGCAUGCUGCCCUGCACGCCACCGUGGUCCAGGACCUGGGCCUCCAUGAUGGCAUCCAGCGUGUGCUGUUUGGCAACAACCUCAACUUCUGGCUGCAUAAGCUGGUGUUCGUGGAUGCUGUGGCCUUCCUCACAGGGAAGCGCCUCUCACUGCCUUUGGACCGCUACAUCCUGGUGGAUAUUGAUGACAUCUUUGUGGGCAAGGAGGGCACGCGCAUGAAGGUGGAGGACGUGAAGGCCCUGUUUGAUACGCAGAAUGAACUUCGUACACACAUCCCAAACUUUACCUUCAACCUGGGCUACUCAGGGAAAUUCUUCCACACAGGUACUGAUGCUGAAGAUGCUGGAGAUGACCUACUGCUGUCCUACGUGAAGGAGUUCUGGUGGUUCCCCCACAUGUGGAGCCACAUGCAGCCCCACCUCUUCCACAACCAGUCUGUGCUGGCUGAGCAGAUGGCCCUGAACAAGAAGUUCGCUGUCGAGCACGGCAUUCCCACAGACAUGGGGUAUGCAGUGGCACCCCACCACUCGGGUGUGUACCCUGUGCAUGUGCAGCUGUAUGAGGCCUGGAAGCAGGUGUGGGACAUCCGUGUGACCAGCACAGAGGAGUACCCCCACCUGAAGCCUGCCCGCUACCGCCGUGGCUUCAUCCACAAUGGCAUCAUGGUCCUCCCUAGGCAGACUUGCGGCCUUUUCACACACACCAUCUUCUACAACGAGUACCCUGGUGGCUCCAGUGAGCUGGACAAGAUCAUCAACGGGGGCGAGCUCUUCCUCACUGUGCUCCUCAAUCCUAUCAGCAUCUUCAUGACACACUUGUCCAACUAUGGGAAUGACCGCCUGGGGCUAUACACCUUCAAGCACCUGGUGCGCUUCCUGCACUCGUGGACCAACCUGAGGCUGCAGACUCUGCCCCCUGUGCAGCUGGCCCAGAAGUACUUCCAGAUCUUCUCCGAGGAGAAGGACCCACUUUGGCAGGAUCCCUGUGAGGACAAACGCCACAAAGACAUCUGGUCCAAGGAGAAGACAUGUGACCGCUUCCCAAAGCUUCUCAUCAUUGGCCCCCAGAAAACAGGCACCACAGCCCUUUACUUGUUCCUGGGUAUGCACCCAGACCUCAGCAGCAACUACCCCAGCUCUGAGACCUUUGAGGAGAUCCAGUUUUUUAAUGGCCACAACUAUCACAAAGGCAUUGACUGGUACAUGGAGUUCUUCCCUAUCCCCUCCAAUACCACCUCCGACUUCUACUUUGAGAAAAGCGCCAACUACUUUGAUUCAGAAGUGGCACCACGGCGAGCAGCAGCCCUGCUGCCUAAGGCCAAAAUCCUCACCAUCCUCAUCAACCCGGCUGACCGGGCCUACUCCUGGUACCAGCACCAGCGAGCCCAUGACGACCCAGUAGCCCUGAAGUACACCUUCCACGAAGUGAUCACAGCUGGCCCCGAUGCAUCCUUAAAGCUGCGUGCCCUCCAGAACCGUUGCCUGGUCCCUGGCUGGUAUGCCACACAUAUCGAGCGCUGGCUGAGCGCCUUUCAUGCCAACCAGAUCCUUGUCUUGGAUGGCAAACUGCUUCGAACAGAACCUGCCAAAGUGAUGGACACAGUGCAGAAAUUCCUUGGCGUGACCAGCACUGUGGACUACCACAAAACCUUGGCGUUUGAUCCAAAGAAAGGAUUCUGGUGCCAACUGCUUGAAGGAGGGAAAACCAAGUGUCUGGGCAAAAGCAAGGGACGGAAAUACCCAGAAAUGGACUUGGAUUCCCGAGCCUUCCUGAAGGAUUACUUCCGGGACCACAAUAUUGAGCUUUCUAAGCUGCUGUACAAGAUGGGCCAGACGCUGCCCACCUGGCUGCGGGAGGACCUCCAGAACACCAGGUAGCCUCAGCCACCACAGCCAGACAGAACGCUUGUGAUGGCAGGCGUGUCCUGCCUCACACUGAGCCAGACUGACCUGCCGAGAAGAAUGCUGGGCCAGGCCAGCCAAGUGCGACGAGCAAUACUCUGCUGAGGCCCAUCGGGGUCAGAAGCCCAGUCAGGUCUGCAGGCGCCUCAGAGGAUCCAUGCUGGAUCUGUGGCCUACAGGACCUCACACGUACCGGAGGUCCAUUCCGUUCACAGCCUCCGUGCCUGGGGAGACCACUUCCUGUUGGUGGAAGGCCACUUCCUGGUAGGAGGAGUCUGGGAGACUUUCUCCUGUCCCUCACUGUGUUCUACCACCCCGUCCCUUCCCUUUAUCCCACAACUCCCCGCUCCAGCAGGGUGUCCCCUCAGUAUUAGCUGCCACAUUUCCCUGUCUCCAGACAGUAAGGGAGAAGAACUCUGCUGGGCCUUUUGCCAAACCACAAGAAAGACUGGACAUGUCCCUGAGGGUUUGGAGCCAGGCUCUGUCAGGGGGUCAGCUGGGCCGCCAGACACAGUUGCUGGGUCAUAUGUGAGGUUGGCCACCUCAAGAGGACAUGAAACCUCAUUUGGGGUUGUAGUGUCACAUCUUAUCUCCCUUUUAGGGGAAAGACUCUCUAGUUCCUGCAGUAUCCACCCAAUACUCACAGCCUCCUGCAGGCCCUGGGCCACAGCCAGGCUACUGGGCCAGAGACUCGGACCUUGGCCCUGCCCUGUUCUUCACCCUGGAUGUGACAUGUGGUAUUUCCUGUGGUAAAGGCUGAAGCGGGUCAGGAGUCCGCCAGUGUUCAUGCUCCCGUGUACAUACAUCCUCCCAUAGCCACUGCCUGGGCCCAGCAGACAUGGUAGAGUCAGCAAGACUGCGAUCUGCUGCUUUGCCCAGAUCCUGUGGCUGAGGGUCCCCAGAGACCCCCUUAACCUCCUAAAUACUAAGAAGCUAAAGUAUUUUAAUAUUUUUUUUUCUUGGUGCCAGAGUUUAUACCCUGGGUGCUGGGGUCGCACUGUGUUUUAUAUAU